AUGGGAAAUGCCCUUGGAGGUCUGAUUCCUGGAGUGGGCUCUGGUAUCUCUGCUGGUUUGGGUCUUAUAUCUGGUCUCAUGUCUGGCCUGGCACUUGAAGACGAAAAGGAUGAUGGAGCUGCAACAAUCUCCGCCGGUCUCGCCGAUAUCUUCAAAACGGCUUCGGCCAAGCUCGAGGAUACUCUCCGAAUCGCCACCGGUGGCGGCAGAAACGAAGACGAGUACAACUCUCUCCCCGCUCCCAAAUGGGACACCUACCAAACCAAGAUCGCCAAGCUGUUCAGCGGCUGGUUCCUACUCGAUGACGACGAGACUGUCCGCGUCACGCUGGGCUCAAUUACGAACAACAUCCAGAAGAAGGUUGCCAAUGACGUUAUGAAGGCCUCCAAGCUGCACCUCGUUGCCGAUAAGCUUGGCGGCAAGGAUUCGCGGGAGAAGUGCGGUUACUCUACCGGCCGACAAUGGCUACCUCUUCGUGAUGGUGAGGAGUACUGCUGGUACAUUAUGAAAAACGACCCCAACCACACUCGACAGGGCCAGUGGCAUGAGGUUGGGGCAGAUAUCUAUGAGAAGAUGGCUUCGUAUGGUCUUGGUGACCGUGAGACGUACUACAAGUCUCUUAUCGACUGCGCCCUCAACAAGGGAGACAAGGAUGAUGUUGAUACGAGCAAUCUUGUCCAAGGAGAGAUCCCUCGCUGCUUCUUCAACUUGCCUGCUGUGUUUGUGGAACAUGACAGCUCACAUGGCUGCGGAAGUCCUUUUGACAGUCACAAUUGUGACUACCGCAAGGGAACCCCUCUCAAGUGA